UAAGACUAUUCUCUAUUUAAUAUUAGUGUCAGCGAUUGGCUACAAGGCACGAGCGGACUUGGAUGUGUGCCUCGAGGAGUUGGGCUGCCUGCAUGGCAUCCUAAUGCCGGACUCUAGGCAGCAGCAGUUCGAAGCCUUUAUGGGCAUACCAUUUGCCAAGCCUCCGAUAGGGGAGCUACGCUUUCAGAAUCCUGUGGCAGCGAGUGCCUGGACCGAUGUCUUGGAUGCCACUGCACCACGUAGCCAUUGCCUGCAGAAGUGCUUUUUCUUAACUGGUUGGCCCAUCUCUGGGGAGGAGGAUUGCCUCUAUCUGAAUGUCUAUCGACCUCAACACACUACGAGUCCUUUGCCUGUUAUGGUCUACUUUCACUCGGGUGGCUAUUUCUGUGGUUCCGCUUGUCCUUUGGCCAUCGGACCAGAGUUUUUCAUGGAUACGCAGCAAGUUAUUGUGGUUACUGUCAGUUAUCGACUGGGUCCGUUUGGCUUUCUGAGCACGGGCGAUGCUCAGAUGACUGGAAAUUUCGGAUUGAAGGAUCAACGUUUGGCUCUUCAGUGGGUUCAGCGACACAUCGCGACUUUUGGUGGCGAUCCGAAUCUGGUGACAAUCCUUGGCCACAGCGCAGGUGGAAUAUCCUCCCACCUCCACAUGCUCAGUUCCAGCUCAAAUGGACUCUUCCAUCGCGCCAUGUCCUUGAGCGGCACAGCAAUGAUGGCCGCUAUAAUGGUAGACAAUCCACUUGAACAGGCUCAGCAGCUGGCAGAAGCUGUCGGCGUGGCUGGAGCCAAAACCCUGGACAGCCAGGCAUUGGCCGCAGCUCUACGUGCGUCGGAUGCUACAGAUUUGUUGGAAGCAGGCAAAGUUUUUAAGCAAUGGCACAGUAUACCCAUUAUUAACUACGGCGUGGUUGUGGAAAAGUCCGAUGCACCCGAACCCUUUAUAACCGAGCAUCCCGUAGUGGCGCACCAGGGUGGACGCAUUAAUCAGGUGCCCUGGCUGCUGAGCAGCACCUCACGCACUGGCGAAGGCGCCUUCUUUCUCAUAAGCACCUAUUCAAAUCCACAACUCUUGAAGGAGUUCAAUGCGAACUUCUUGGAACACUUUGGCCUAAUGCUGUCCCUGCCCAAGGGCUUCACCAAGGAAACUGUGCAGGACAUCCUAGAAAUGUAUGGCGUAAAGGAAAUGCAACUCAAUGAGAACACAUUGGUGGACCUCUGUGGUAUUCUGGGUGAUUUUAUGUUCAACUACCCGGUCUACGUGUCGGCUGCCAGCUACGCGGAAUAUGCCCAGCAGCCAGUGUCCAUUUAUAGCUUUGAAUAUACCAGCAACAUCACGUAUACCGCGGUGUUUGCAGGUGGAGUUGUUUACGAGGGGCUGGGCGCAUCUCAUAUGGAUGAUGGGAUACACACAAUGCGAAUGUCCUUACUAUUUCCAGAUUUUGCUAAGGAUUCUGAAAAUGAUCUGGUGGCGAAGCGCAUGACUUCUCUGUUGGUAGAGUUCGCCAAGAAUGGUAUUUUCCCUGAAGACACCCAUUUGCAACCCUGUAAAUCUGAGGACUUUAAGGCUGAUGAGAUAUGCAACUAUUUCCGUAUGGAAAAAUUGAAUGGGGCCUAUCAUGAGACAGUGGAGAAACGUGUUGAUACGCGCGCAUUGGCUAUAUGGAAGAAGCUCUAUUUGUUCGAGAUGGCUAAAACUAUUUCAUGUGCCGCUCUCUAUUUGAUAUUACUUUCAACAACUGGACUCAGAGUUGAUGCCGAUUUGGAUGUGUGCCUCGAGGAGUUGGGCUGCCUGCAUGGCGCCCUAAUGCCGGACUCUAGGCAGCAGCAGUUCGAAGCCUUUAUGGGCAUACCAUUUGCUAAGCCUCCGAUAGGGGAGCUACGCUUUCAGAAUCCUGUGGCGGCGAGUGCCUGGGCCGGUGUCUUGGAUGCCAGUGCGCCACGCAGCCAUUGCCUGCAAAAAUGUUAUUUCGUACCUGGUUGGCCCAUCUCCGGCGAGGAGGAUUGCCUCUAUCUGAAUGUCUAUCGACCUCAAGGCAAUGCAAGUCCUUUGCCUGUUAUGGUCUACUUUCACUCGGGUGGCUAUUUCUGUGGCUCUGCGUGUCCUUUGGCCUCUGGGCCGGAGUUUCUCAUGGAUACGCAGCAGGUUCUUUUGGUUACAGUGAGCUAUCGACUGGGUCCAUUUGGCUUCCUGAGCACGGGCGAUGCUCAGAUGACUGGAAAUUUCGGAUUGAAGGAUCAACGUUUGGCUCUUCUGUGGGUUCAGCGAAAUAUCGCGGCCUUUGGUGGCGAUCCGAAUCUGGUGACAAUCUUUGGCCACAGCGCAGGUGGAAUAUCCACUCACCUGCACAUGCUCAGUCCCAGCUCAAAUGGACUCUUUCAUCGCGCCAUGUCCUUGAGCGGCACAGCGCUGCUGGCAACUACAAUGGUGGACAAUCCACUUGAACAGGCUCAGCAGCUGGCAGAAGCUGUCGGCGUGGCUGGAGCCAAAACCCUGGACAGCCAGGCGUUGGCCGCAGCUCUACGUGCAUCGGAUGCCAACGAGUUACUGGAAGCCGGCAAUAGCUUUAAGCGAUGGGACAGCGUACCCAUUAUUAACUACGCUGUGGUUGUGGAACAGCCCGAUGCACCCGAACCCUUUAUGACUGAGUAUCCCAUUGCGGCACACCAGGGCGGACGCAUCCAUCAGGUGCCCUGGCUGCUGAGCAGCACCUCACGCACUGGCGAAGGUGCCUUGUUUCUCAUGCACAUCUACUCAAAUCCGCAACUCCUGAAGGAGCUCAAUGAGAACUUCUUGGAGCUCUUUGGUUUGAUGCUGUACCUGCCCAAGGGCUUCACCAAGGAAACUGUGCAGGACAUCCUAGAAAUGUAUGGCGUAAAGGAAAUGCAACUCAAUGAGAACACAUUGGUGGACCUCUGUGGUAUUCUGGGUGAUUUUAUGUUCACUUACCCGAUCUACGUGUCGGCUGCUAGCUACGCGGAAUACGCCCAGCAGCCAGUGUCCAUUUAUAGCUUUGAAUAUACCAGCAACAUCACGUAUAACGCCUUGGCUACGGGCGGAGUGGUUUACGAGGAGUUGGGCGCAUCUCACAUGGACGAUGCCGUACACACAAUACGAAUGCCUAUAUUCUUUCCAGAUUUUGCUCGGGAUUCCGAAAAUGCUAUGGUGGUCAAGCGCUUGACUUCCCUAUUGGUAGGGUUCGCCAAGAAUGGGUAGGGUAUCUAUAACCAUAUCAAUAUCUUGAGCAUUAUCUAUUUCUAUAUUUUCAGUAUGCUCCCAGAUGAUACAAAUUUGCAGCCCUGUAAAGCUGAGGACUUUAAGGCUGAUGAGAUAUGCAACUAUUUCCGCAUGGAAAAAUUGAAUGGGGCCUAUCAUGAGACAGUGGAGAAACGUGUGGAUAUGCGCGCAUUGGCCAUAUGGAAGAAGCUCUAUUUGUAGACAAAAUAUGGAAGCCUGUGAAACAUAUUUUAGUAUUAGAAUAGUCAUGGGUAGAUCUCUAUAGUUUGGUCAACAACUAGCAAUAAUAAACAGUGAGAAUCGCAGAGAAAGGCGUGGCAUAGAAGGGGCAUUUAAGAAGACCUACUUAAAGGUAUAGCAGUAGACUCGUCAGUCUCUUAUUAAUAUCGUAUAGCUUAGAAUGAAAGUAUCUAAAGAUCGCACGGGAAGUUGAUUUUUUCUGGAUAUGCAGGGUAUCCAUUGGCUGGCAGGGUAUCAAGAAGUAAUGCAUAUAUUCACGUAAACGAAGUGCUGUAUAUAAAUAUAAUGAUAAUGUGUCUACCGCCGCAAGCGAAUAUCUUAAGGAAUUCGUAUCUGAAGCUGAGGCUGUAGCUGUAGCUGUAGCUGUAGCUGCAGCUGCGUUGACCUAUUUUGCACUCGAACUCAUUCUCAGUGCAGACGAAGGUCAAAUGAAUUUACAUUUCGUCCAACUAUAGGACGCAACAAUACCACUAACUAUAUAUCUGAGCUCGCUCACAAUGGAAAGUAUGAUCCACGCGAUGCAUGCCAACAAUGCGGUACACACAAAUAGAGUCGCUUCUGCCACAUCUAAAUUUAUGACAGCUGUCUGCGAGCGGCCAAUAAAGAUUUAUAUUGGAACACAAUUGAGUGCAAUGAAAUGGUCGAGAACUUAUCUUGAAAAGUGUAAUAAAAUAUAAUUUCAAUAA